AAAGUAUCUGAGUCGUACACUUUUUCUUUAGUUUGGAUUGGAAGUAUUUUUCUUCGUUCAACUAGCGUAUAUGUUGAAGUCAUAUCGAAGCAGUAUUCAUGAUGAUGGCAUGUGAAUUAGUGUUGACACUUUGGUUGGUGCUGCGCUAACAUUGGGCUGUUGCUUUCCAGUGAUAUCGACUUUGUAUUAAGAGUAGUCGCAUCCGCUUACAUCGCGACUAGCAUAUGAUGCUAGGCUAGAAUGAGCCACGGAGCUCUAUAAAGCCUUGGUCGUUAAUCUUUCAACCUAUGUAUACUAACUGGAUGCCUUUCUAUGAACAUCACUUUUGUUGUUGUCAAGGCAGCACAGCACGACUCCAGCUAAUGAGUUAACCAAACAAAGUUGUAGGUGAAUAUUCAUGUAGCUAAUGCAACUGACUAGCGCUCAGGCCAAACAGACAUAUAAGACGAUAAAGCAUUAUCUAUUCAGUAAUAUUAAAUAUGGCAACACAAUGAAAACCCACCCAUGUAGUGUCCUAUCAGUCUGACAUCUGAUUCAAUUUGUUUUGUAAACGCGGAUUACUUAAGUAGUUUGAAAGCUCUUACGUUUUUGUAACUUGUAUAUAUAAUUUAUAUCCUUGGGUCGAUGUUGUAGUUCUGGUGCGGUGUGAGGACUGAGACUUUUGUAGGGCCAGAUGCUUAGAGUGGGACAUGGAGAUGGGGCCAUGAAGGAUCCCGUGAUAACAUAGAGAACUGUCAUCACUGUGCAUUUCAACCAAGAGGAGCAGAUAUUCUGUAUCACUGUAAAUCAAAUUGUAAGGGAACUUCAGGGAAGGCAGCUCGAAGAACAGUAAUUCUAACUGGCAUCUCUCUCGGUAUUUGUCAUCUGCAUCUCCAUCUUGUAGGCAUCUCUGUUUUGAGCUUCUUUUUUUGCUUCAGGGACACAAGUGAGUGGUACUCCCUAAGUGGGCAAUGUCACGGGUUCCCACCCCUCCCCCUCCUGGGGAGAUGUCGAGUGGACCUGUGGCAGAAAGCUGGUGUUACACACAGGUCAAAGUUGUGAAGUUUUCCUACAUGUGGACCAUAAACAACUUCAGUUUUUGCAGAGAAGAAAUGGGAGAGGUAUUGAAGAGCUCAACCUUCUCCUCUGGUCCAAAUGACAAAAUGAAAUGGUGUCUGCGAGUCAAUCCAAAGGGACUUGAUGAUGAAAGCAAAGACUAUCUCUCACUGUAUUUACUACUUGUUAGUUGUCCAAAAAGUGAAGUCCGAGCGAAGUUCAAGUUUUCGUUGUUGAACGCUAAGAGAGAGGAGACAAAAGCGAUGGAAAGCCAAAGAGCAUACAGAUUUGUCCAAGGUAAAGACUGGGGCUUCAAAAAAUUUAUAAGGAGAGAUUUCCUCCUUGAUGAAACCAAUGGACUCUUACCCGAUGACAAGCUCACCCUCUUUUGUGAGGUAAGCGUUGUCCAAGACUCCGUCAACAUUUCGGGCCAGUCCAACAUGAAUAUGCUGAAAGUACCCGAGUGUCAGCUAUCUGAUGACCUAGGGAAUCUAUGGGAGUGUUCACGCUUCACAGACUGCAGUCUUUAUGUGGGAGGACAGGAGUUCAAAGCUCACAAAUCCAUCCUUGCAGCAAGGUCACCUGUCUUUAAUGCUAUGUUUGAACAUGAAAUGGAAGAAAGUAAAAAGAACCGCGUUGACAUCAGUGAUGUGGACCCAGACGUCUUUAAGGAAAUGAUGGGCUUCAUCUAUACAGGAAAGGCCCCAAACCUGGAGAAGAUGGCAGACAAUUUGCUGGCUGCUGCAGACAAAUACGCUUUGGAGCGUUUAAAGGUCAUGUGUGAAGAGGCCCUGUGCAACAGCCUUUCAGUGGAGAAUGUGGCCGACACCCUCAUCCUUGCAGACUUGCACAGUGCCGAGCAGCUCAAAGCACAAGCCAUAGAUUUUAUCAACAGGUGCAGUGUCCUGAGACAGCUGGGCUGUAAAGAUGGAAAGAACUGGAAUAGCAAUCAUGCUACAGACAUAAUGGAGACUGCAGGCUGGAAGUCAAUGAUCCAGUCCCAUCCUCACUUGGUAGCUGAGGCCUUUCGUGCCCUGGCGUCAGCACAGUGCCCACCCUUCGGUCUUCCUAGGAAGCGUCUAAAACAGUCCUGACUGCCCGACUGCCCCCGGACUUUAUUGGAGGUGCGAAGCAUGGGUUUACAGAGGAAGGACUAGCAAGGAUACCACUCUUAUUUCCACCAAAAUGGAACACACUUGAAUAAAGAGGAGUGGAGCUUUCUGGCCAGGAGUGUGGUGAGGCUGGCACGCGGACGACUGACAUCAGUGGAUUGGGAAAAAGAUUGGUUCAGUCAGUGUUUGCUUGCUUGCUUUGCUUCCUCAGCUGGAUUCUGUUCAGUUCAGGUCGCAAGUCAAGCUGAAUGCUACUGUCUUAUUUUUCCUGUAAUUUAAAAAAAAAAAAAAAAUGGCCUUAAUAUAUCUGCCAUUGCUCUGGCGCUGCUCUAGAGUACCUUGUCUAUUUUACCCUGUGCCUGCCUUGUCACAAAGACCAGGCCACCUCCAGGUUGCACUAGUUCCCAUGAAUAGUCAUUUUGAUAUGGAGUUCUAUAGGAACGUAACAAAGGUUUAACUAAAUGGGAAAUAUUAUAUAUAUUUGUAAUGUUUAGCCCGUUUUGUGACUAGACAUUAAAAAGCAUGAACACUUUCAGUGCAAGGUCAGUUCUUUACACUUUUUAAAAGAUGUGUAUGCCCCAUAUUGAUGGCACCAUUUCUAUGUAAAUGACAGUUGAACCAUCUUCAGAAGACCAGUGUACAACAAAGUCUGUUCUUUUGCAUAUUUGUGGGGAAAACUAGUAAUCUGCCAUUAUGAAGACUCAGUGUCAAUCCUAAUAAUUCAUGUGAGACGGGACGUGUCGUCUGUACCUUGGCCCUAAUAUAUAAAAACAUUGGAAGUAUAUGGAAGUAUUUACUCAGUCUCCCAUCUGAAUGGCAUAUUCCAGAUCAUACGUCUGUGAAACUGUUAUAGAUUAAAUUUUAAGAAUUGUUUUCCUUAAUAUUGCCAACUUGCAAAUAUAUAUUCUCAGUAUAUUGUGGUUAACUAAAAGUGGAGAGACUAAUGCAUGGUCAUGUUAUUGUCAAACAAAGUGUCCAAUUUUGUUUUUUUUUUACCAAUUUGUUUUCUGCAAUUAUCCGACAUAUUUGUGCAGAAUUAAAUGAAUUGAGUAUGUGCAAAAAAAAUUUCCUCUAACACGCUUGGAUAUUUGUAGGAUGCUGAGCAUCACUUCUACCGGCAAUGUUAUUCUGUGUUUGAAUCGGGGAGGGGCGGGAGGGGGAUCGUCAUGUUUAUCCAGUCAGUCUUAUAUGUCGUGUGGUGUGGCAGACACUUCUGAGGAUUUUGUAAAUUAAAAAAGGGUAGCAUCAUUUUUACAUGAUAUUACUCGCCGUUCAGCGUCAUGUUGAGAUGUUGGAACUACUUUUUGUUUUGAAGCAAAAAAGAUGAAGUUGUUGUCAGCAAGAAUGCCUGCAUUAACCCAUUAAAACAUUUCCAGCAGUCCAAAGACCCCCACGUUUGUUUUUGUUUUUUAACCCAAGAUUGUUAAACUUGAGGAGCUCACAGUGGGGGAGAGUGCGUGGUUAUUAUUCACGCGGUCUCAUUGUAAUGACCAUAUUAAUGGAUGUGUAUGCCAAGCAGAGUUUGUUUUUCUUCGUCUGCUUAAUUUAAAUAUGAUGAUGAUGAUUAUUGGACCUUUGUCUUCUCACAUAUGCAUUUUCCACUUGAGUAUAAUUUGAACGCGAGGCUGUUCUUUCCUGCUGGAAUAGAGACGUCUUGUCCGCCCUUCUCAGUCAACACAGAUCCCAGAAAAAUAUACCUGAUACCAUCUCUGCUUCGGGACGCCUCCUCCACCUCCCCCGUCUUCCUCCUCCUUGGCUUUUCUCGAAUGAGUGUAGCUCUCAGUUUGGUGGCGCUGUCCAAAAUUGGAAAUUUGUUCUGUUGUUUGGAUUGAAAGAACCCAGUGUUGCUAACACUUGACGCCGGGUCACGAGUUGAAUAUUAUAUUGGCUUGUUAAGAAAAUGUGUGUGUGGGGGGAGAAAAAGUCCCGUUCUCGUCAUGAGACAAAAGGAAUACUCACUGUGCUCGCUCCAUCCACCAAGAUAUUGUGUCAUGAAAAAUAUUUUUUUUUAUAUUAAAACAUAACUACCUUUACAUCCCAGGAUGCUUUUGAACAAAUCCAGUGUGACGGGAAUCUAUUGAGUUUUCCUUUUUUUUUUUUUUUUUUUUUGCAAUGGAUUUGUAAUGGACUGUUAAUCCAGGAUGUCGUAAAGCUACAAAGAUGUGACACUGUCCUCUGAUUAAGUAGUUAAUGUAUGUAAAGUAAAGUGUUAAUGUGAUCAAGGUAUUACAUGGGCAAUUAGCUAAAAAAAAAAAACAGUCUUUUAUUUUGAACUACUGUGUCUCAUAAUCUGUAAUGUCAGUACUGGCACAGGAAAAGUGAACUGUAUGUUGCAUUCCCUGUAUAGUUUUCUGAUGUGGCAGGAAAGCCCUGUGUGACUUGAUGCCUAUGGAGUGGGUGCCUCACCCUGAUCAGAUAAGAGUAAUGGAAGCGAAUGAAAAGACCCCUGUCUCUGAUGGCCACAGAAAAAUGGAUGUGCUCCCUGAGGUGUACCGCUGGUAUCAUCCUACGCCUGUGGACACAGAUUUAUUGCCCAUUAAAAAGCUACACUGAAAUGUA